UAGUGAGUUGGUUGGGAGUGAGUACCCUAGAUUUUCUAACCUCAAAAUUUUACUGAUUCCACGUGAAGAUACACAAUACGCGCAACACACAAUAUAUUUCGAACGUUCCGAUGAGAGAAUCGUGUAUAAAAUAAAGAUGACUAGAUAUGCAAGAGCAAAAGGAUCCAAAGCUUCAAACGAGAGAUUACCGAACGAGGCUACACCAUGGCAUGUUAUGAAACAGCAAUUGGAGGAAAAUAAAAACAAGAUUCCUCCAACAAAGAAAAAAUCAGCAAAGGAAUUAUUAAAAGAUCAAGAAGACAUAUUGAACAGUAGUCCUAAUGCAAACACUCAGGAAUGGGUGGAAUUUGAAAACAGUAAAUCCAAAUCUAGCACAAAGAAACAUAAGAAUUCAAAUUCAAACAAAAAUAUAAAAAAUUCUAAAAAUGAUGUAUCCAAAGGUGAUAAUAAUGUACAGAAAUCGCAAGAAAUAGAAGAUGCGAAAAUUGAAACAACAGAUAGGAAGACAAUUAAACUUUCUAAAAAAAAGAAACAAGCCAUCAAUAAUCCAACUUUUGUAUCCGAUGAAAAAAAAUUGAACCCUGAACAAAAUUCGAAUUACGUUGCGUUGAGCAAACGACAGAAACGAAAUCAAAAAAGGAAAUUAGAAAUGUCUAACGAUGGAUCUAAGAGGUUCAAAAAGGAUACUUUAAACAAAAGUAGCAAUAUGCAAACAAGGGAUGAAAAAAUGAAGAAAAAGGGUGAAUAUAAGAGGAGAAAACCAAAUACUGGUGUCACAAAAAUAGUAAUCAACGGUGUAGAAAUUGAAAUGGUCAUGUAUGAUGGAUUUCCAGUAAAAAAAGAAGAUGCGGAGAGAUUGGCAGAACUUAAACAAAAAAUGAUAAUGAAGGGUAUACCAAAAUCUGAAGUGGAUAUGGCAAUGAAAUUGGAGAGACGCAGAGCUGAGAAAGCCUUGGCACGCGUCAGAAAACUUGUCUGCUUCAAUUGUCGCAAGUCUGGACACAAUCUGUCGGAUUGUCCUGAGAUUAAUCGUGACGAGGCUUGCACAGGCAUCUGUUUCAAGUGCGGUUCAACAGAACACACUCACUUUGAGUGCAAAGUCAACAGGGAUGCCUCUUAUAGAUUUGCCAAGUGCUUUAUUUGCCGCGAACAAGGUCAUAUUGCAGCGCAAUGCCCUGACAAUCCCAAAGGAGUUUAUCCUCACGGUGGUUGCUGCAAAAUUUGCGGAUCUGUAACGCACUUAAAGAAGGAUUGCCCCGAUCUAGUAAAUGCCAAGGAAGAAAGCGCCAUCACAGUGGAAAAAAUGGAUGAUUCUGCUGUAGAAUCUUUACAAGAAGAUACAAAAGAGAAAUGUGAGAAAGAGAGUAGUAAACCACCUAAAAAUAAGAUAAUUAAAUUUUAGAUAAUGUAAUUUUUUUAAAUUACAUGCAUUUUAUUGAUGUAAAGAUUUAAAGUCAAAAGAUGGGGGAAAAAACGAAAUAUGUAUGUGCGAAAGAGGAGAAUGACUAAAGGGAAUAAUAAAUGAGUCGUUCUUUAAGUUAUAUAAUAGAAUUUAAAUAGAAAUAUUCAUUGUGGACGCAAACAAAAACGAAAGACUCUUUUGAUAUACUGUACAUUUUAAUCGCAUAUAAUAUGUGAAUGCAUAUAAAUAUCUCUAUAUAAACUGCAGCUGCACUUUCGAUCAUAGAAUUUUAAUUUAGGAAAUACACGUAUAUAUAUAAUACAGGGUGCUUCAAACGUCGCAUAUUUUCUUUUAUAGUCUAAGUAGACGAUGUCGUUUGAUUCGACAUCGUGCCAUCGAUAACCUAAGUUGCAAACCAUUAAAAACUAAGGAUUAAUCUUUAAGAGUAUUAACGAGUAGUAACGAUUAACAGAAUUCUUCGUAUGUAAUAUCAAGUACCUUUUAGUGAAAGUAGAGCUUUAUUUGAUACUUAUAUAUAGUGCUACCAUAUAUAAAACACCGAAUAUUCACAAUUAAAUAAAUUUUAUCAUGUAAUGUAAAUAAUACAUACUCUUUAAUAUGCAGUUACAGAAGAAAAUUCUAUAAGAGCUGAAGUCGCAGUUGUUACAUAUCAUAUAUUAAUAACGUUAACGUAAUUAUAUCAUUAAUUAUCAUUAACGUUAUUAUCAUUAAUUUAUUUCAUUAUUAGAUUAUUUAAAACAUAGAAAGUUUAUAUAUUUGUACUAUUAUUACCUAAAAUGCCGUAACAACUGUGAUUUAAACUAUUAUAGACAUUUCUCUAUGAUUAAAUAAACUGUAAAGAAAGAUGCGGAUUAAGAAAAUGUUUACUAUAGUUUUAAUUUUAGUAUCUAAUAUAUAUAUGUAUAUAUAUUAUUUUGCAAAUAUAACGACUUAUUUCUAAAAAUGUAUGAAAUGCAACCGAUAAAUUCGAAAUGUUUUAUCAGCUUCUCUGAACACUAUAAAUUUGUUAAAUAGUAAUGAUGAUCGAGCAAUUGAACCAUAAGAUGAGCUAUCGCUCCUUAUUUGCCAAUAUGUGACUUACUACAUCUGAGAAAACACGUUCCAAAUAAAAAAUUCUCAGCAAA